AUGGAGAGAGCGGCGGCGGCGUGGUGUUGGGCCUGGCGGCAAUGGAAGAAGCUCGAACCGAGUCAAAGAGUCGCUCUGCAGAAGGGCGUUGCAGUCUGUGCGGAGGCCGGAGACCCUGGGCAGAGAGAGAGGGAUGGUCGAGAGGAGAAGCACACAGGCCAACAAGGCCAAUGGCACCAGAUGACGGCAGUUUUCAAUCGAAUGUGA